AUGACAGGUGAUAAGAAAACUCUGCAUCCGGCCUUUGCCGUAACCAACAACAAAACCCUGAUUCCUAUUCUUCUUGACAUCAAACAAGAUGAAUGCUCAUCCUGGGUUUUUCUCUUCGAACUACAUCUACAAGCUCACGAUCUCCUUUUUCUCAUCAACGGAUCCACACCACCAACAGGGAUUGAUGCAAAUACCCUCAAACAACUCGACGCCCUAUGCCGCCAAUGGAUGUUCUCCACCAUGGCCAAGGAUCUCAUGCUCACAGUUCUAAAAUCUGGUAAAACCGCCAAAGAACUUUGGGAUCAUCUUCAAAAGUUGUUUCAAGAUAACAAAGGUAAUCGUGCUGCAACCCUUGAAAGUAAAUUUGUCAAUCUAAAGUUUGUUGACUGUGCUAGUGUCGAUGAUUACUGUGACAAACUCAAGUCGUUAGCGGAUCGACUGACCGAUCUCGAUUUUCCCAUGAAUGACAAACGUUUGGUUAUCCAACUUGUAAAUGGUCUACCGGAGGAAUACAACAGUCUAUGCCCACCUAUGAUGCUGCUCGUUCACAACUACGCACUGAAGAAAUACGACGUGCUCAACAAACCACCAUGA